CGAUACUUUGGUGCCGUUUCUCCCUUUGCACUUCAAGAAGCGCGAACUCUCUUUCAGUCACAAGUUUUCGCCCCCACCCUUCAGGAGCCGAAGGAUGAAGAUUUAUCCGUAUUCCUAAGUAUAAGUGGUCUUGCUACCUGUAGAGCGAGUGAGGUGUCCUCCGCGUCGGCAGCAUAUAUGCUCAAGGGAAGAGGGCGGGGGAAGGAGUUCCUGAAUCGAGCACAUUGGAAUGUAACCUUGCCCUUAGUGAGGUCAGAAAUCAUUAAGUCGGGGCCUCCAGACUACACCGGGAGAAGCAGAAGCAUAGUUCAGAACGCAAACGAAUGCCAAGAAUGCUCAGUGAGUCAAAGGACCUGUCAAAAAGCAGUCAGGUACUCGUGACUAGGCGGACUCAUGGCUGCAGCAAACAUUGACUCAUUGAAAUUAAGGGGGCCGGCCGACUGGGCUUUCCUCCAUGAGACAGUAACUUGAAAAUGUCCAUUUGCCACAUCCGAACGCGCAGUAUGCGGUCAGCAUCUGGGUCUAGGGCAGUACAUGGAGGAAGAAUGAAGAGGACUAAGGUGUGUCAUCCAGAUUCCAGUUCAGGCCCUGGGUAUACAAAUACGAGGACGAUUCCAUUCCUGCCUUCGGAAUAACAAGUACUCACUGUAAUCGGGAGAGGUGGGGUGUAAAGGACGCACAACCACUGGGAUUCACAGCCACGUGAUAAGGCUAGAUUAUGUGACCUUUCUUCAACCCUGGAUCCCUAGAACCAAGGACUGCGCCUCGCAAAUAGGUGUUCAGUAAAUACUUGCUGAAUGGACAAAGACAGUUUACGGGCACAGAGAGGGCGACUAUAACACUGGGAGUUGUAAAAAGCUCCAAAGAGGACAUACUAUUUGAGUUGUUUUGAAGGAUGAAUUUAAUCUCCAUGAAGGAGGAAUAAAGACAUCUGAAUUUAUCUCUCUUCCAAGAAAUCCAUACUCGUUGUUCUUUUUCACCGUGGAUCCAGAGCAGCAAGCCCUACCAUGCGUAGAGUGGCUUUAUCCACAGAAUCAAGCAUCAAAAAGGCCUGGGAGCAACUGUGAAAAGUUCGCUUGAAAGUGCAAGCUCACUGCCACCUCUGAAUAAGUUAUAUGGAAUCUUUACAUCUUUUCCCACCUUUCAUGACCCGAUUUUCUGCUGGAGCAAUUUUCUCUUUGGUUCUUCGAGUUGAGCGUAACAGACGGUAUAGCGUGGGAGGUAGGAGGGAGAAUAAAGAAAGUGGUUAGAAGUCCCCUGGAGGAUGUGGGUAGGUCCAGGGAAGCUCCUGGUUCAGCGAUGAGAGCAGUGAUUUUCCCAGGUUACAGCGUCUGACCUAAGGGAAGGAUAUGCACAUCCCUAUAGGUGUCGUCAGCUCAAGCGCUGUGGUAGUUUACUCUAGCAGAGCAACUUCUAAGGCUUACGUUCCAAUUUAUAGAUCUGACGAGAUCCCGCUGGGAUUCAGGGAAGAAAGCGUUAAUCUCUGCAAGGUUUUCCUGUCACCAAAAAGUCACACCCUCUCAAGACGUCUACUUAGUCCACUCUCGCGAGAGUAUGAAAAAAAGUUCCGUCCUCCUGGAGCCGGCGUCAGAGAUUCCGACUCGAGCCCCGCCCCCUGGAGCCUGCGGGCGCUCGAUUGGUCGACGAGUCUCUCCAGACGACUCCUGAAGAGCUGCCAUGUCUGGGAAUUUUGCAUCUUCCUCAGAGCAGAACAACAGCUGUGAAACAAAAACCUCAAACCUUCGAAUAUCAGAGAAGAAAUGUUCGUGGGCAUCCUACAUGACCAACUCCCCGACUCUCAUUGUUAUGAUUGGCUUGCCAGCCCGGGGAAAAACCUACGUGUCCAAGAAACUCACGCGUUACCUCAACUGGAUUGGGGUACCCACCAAAGUGUUUAACCUUGGGGUGUAUCGGCGCAAAGCAGUCAAGUCCUAUAAGUCCUACGACUUCUUCCGGCACGACAAUGAGGAGGCCAUGAAGAUCCGCAGGCAGUGUGCUUUGGUGGCACUGGAAGACGUUAAGGCGUAUCUCACUGAGGAGAACGGGCAGAUUGCGGUGUUUGAUGCCACCAAUACCACUAGGGAGAGGAGGGACAUGAUUUUGAACUUUGCCAAGGAGAAUUCCUUCAAGGUAUUCUUCGUGGAAUCUGUCUGUGAUGAUCCUGAUGUCAUCGCUGCCAACAUCUUGGAGGUAAAGGUGUCGAGCCCUGACUACCCUGAAAGGAACAGGGAGAAUGUGAUGGAGGAUUUCCUGAAGAGAAUUGAGUGCUACAAAGUCACCUAUCGACCCCUCGAUCCAGACAACUAUGACAAGGAUCUCUCUUUCAUCAAGGUGAUAAACGUGGGCCAGCGGUUUUUGGUGAACAGAGUCCAGGACUACAUCCAGAGCAAGAUCGUCUACUACCUCAUGAACAUCCACGUGCAGCCCCGCACCAUCUACCUCUGCCGGCAUGGAGAGAGCGAGUUCAACCUCCUGGGCAAGAUCGGGGGGGACUCUGGCCUCUCGGUGCGGGGAAAGCAGUUUGCCCAGGCUCUCAGGAAGUUUCUGGAGGAACAAGAGAUAGCAGACCUCAAAGUGUGGACGAGCCAGUUGAAGAGGACUAUCCAGACUGCUGAAUCCCUGGGGGUGACUUAUGAGCAGUGGAAGAUCCUGAAUGAGAUUGACGCUGGCGUGUGCGAGGAGAUGACCUAUGCAGAGAUUGAGAAGCAGUACCCGGACGAGUUUGCACUUCGAGAUCAAGAGAAAUAUCUGUAUCGAUAUCCUGGCGGGGAGUCAUACCAGGACCUGGUGCAGCGGCUGGAGCCUGUCAUCAUGGAGCUGGAGCGGCAGGGCAAUGUCCUCGUUAUCUCCCACCAGGCUGUCAUGCGCUGCCUCCUGGCCUACUUCUUGGAUAAGGGCGCAGAUGAGCUGCCGUACUUGAGGUGCCCUCUCCAUACCAUCUUCAAACUUACUCCCGUCGCCUACGGGUGCAAAGUGGAAACAAUUAAACUCAAUGUGGAGGCUGUGAACACUCACCGUGACAAGCCAACUAACAACUUCCCCAAGAACCAAACCCCUGUAAGGAUGAGAAGGAACAGCUUUACGCCUCUGUCCAGUUCGGAUACAAUAAGGCGUCCAAGAAAUUACAGUGUUGGGAGCCGGCCCCUCAAGCCCCUCAGCCCUCUCCGUGCCCUGGACAUGCAAGAAGGGGCCGACCAGCCGAAGACCCAAGUCAGCAUUCCGGCAAAGGCCGUGCUGGCUGUGCACAGGCCCUCCUCGGCAGCAUCCCUCACAUCGCUCUGCUGAUGAUGUGGAGGCUGGGGCCAGACCUCUCCGGGGCACUGGGAUCUGCUGAAAAGCUUGGGAUGUCAGCUCCACGGGGGCGUGAACAGGAAGUUAAAUGAGGAUUGGAUAUUUGGAACCACCAAAAUGAGGCCUGGAAAAGCAUCACCACAUUUCUUCCCCUCAUGCCUAAUGGAAAUAUUAGUUACACCGACAAACUUAACUUCUCUGUGCCUCAAAACGUUUAAUGGCCAGAACUGAUUAGUUUUUAUUAUCCCUUUGCCGGGUUUGGCCCAGGUUGGCCAAUCGUGUUCUGUUUUGGCGUUUAGUGUCCUCCCUGUGACUAGCCCUGGCUGGCUGUUCUUUGGCUAAAGUGCAGACGCACCUCCCCAGAUUUAAUUGUUUCUGACGGGAGGGCUGAACCCCAGCAAGCUUUUGCUGUGCCAGGAGAGCCGGGCUCCGCAUCCAUUCCGGGGGCGCAGGCUAGAGGACAAUAUACAUACAUUAGCAGUCACUUUUUUGUCAUGUUGGAAAGGAGACAGAUUGACCAGGUGAAUGGAGGGACCUGAGAACGUCAGUCCCUAAAGCGUCUCUUCUGCUGUGAGAGAGGAGCAGUGUCAGCAGCAGCCUUUCGUUUAGAGAAGUUCUUGUUGCCGGCCCCUCGAGGGCAGGAGCUGACCGCAAGACUGCCCAGAGUGCGUGCCCGUCUUCUAAGUUCUCUUUUGCCGCUGCUGUAUUUUCUGUCUCAUCUGUGUGCCUCUCAUGGCUGAAGAGGGCUAAUGUUGUUCUCUCCACGGGUUGGGAAUGAGGGCUGGAGGGAAAGUAGUGUGCCUUUUACAUCACAUGAAGAAGGAAAGAAGGUUCUCUGGGAAUCGACUCUUCCAGGGAGUUCUUGUGGCUUCAAAACAGAUACAAGGAGACACAUGCUUCUGUAGGGUCUGUCACCAUGUGUGGUCUCUAAGAAAGCUGUGGCUGUGACUCCAAGAGCAAGUGGUCUCUCAUGCCUGCCUCUUAGCUAGUGUCCCUGUUGUGGUCUACCGAUCUCUCAUGUGAAACACUCGGGGAGCUGGAGGGAACCAAGCUCGCAGUGCGUUAGUUUUUUGGUUUCCCUUAGAGAGAAGCUAGGUGACUAUGUCUCUGUGGAUGUGAUUUUACUAUGUCACUAGUCCUGGAGGAGGGCAUGGAAGCUCCAAAGGAUGCUACAUCAUACAAGCAAAAUCUUUUUUUUUAUAGUAAGUUUUUAGCUUUAAAAUUUUUUCCCCUUUCACCCCAGUGCCCACUUGCUGAGCAAGAGGGUGAGCAGCAAGCAAAGUAAUGAAAUGCAGCUUUUCCCAAAUGGUUCUUUUAUACUGUGUUUGAUACAGAGCUCUGCUGCCUAAGAUGUGAUGAGCUGGGCUGCAGGCAGUUCAGCAUCCAGCAGCUGGGAGCUUAUUUUAUGCCCACAAAGCUGCCUUCAGAAAGGCUCGUGAGUGCUCCCAGCAGGGGUUUGCAUCUGGCUGCCUGUGGCAAGCUGGACUGUAAUGAUUUCAUUCUUGUGGUGCAGGCUUCUUUCUGCAUCUAAAUACAGUCUUUGGAUGAUCAGAAAGUGCUUCUAUUUAGUUAUUUAUUCAACCAUGUAAGGUAUUUUCAAGUCCCCAUUAGUGUUUGCAUGUAUUUAAUCAGAAUGUAAGGUAAUCUGUGUUGUCCGUCUGGUAGGAAUUUAGGUGGUUUGAGCUUUUAAGUUUAAUGUCCAUAGUAUGGCCUUAAGUUAAAUUUCCAGAAUAUAGGUAUCUGUCUUCUGUAAAAGGAUAAUAGCUAUGUUAAGGCACAGUGGAUUUCUUUUGAAAACUUUUUUUCUCAUUGAUUUUUAUUAUAAGUUUAAAUCAAGACAUACAUUUCCCUGGAGAAAAGUUUAUCUCCUGGAUAAAUAAAAUCAUGCUAAAUCAUGUGA